CUAGAAAAUCAAGUGCCUCUCGAUGUGGACGCCUAUUCAGGCCAAGCAAAUAGCGCAAACAGUUUCAGAGAGUCGAGAGCGCUGUUGCGGCAAUAUCUACAGGAAAUUGGCUACAGUGAAGCGAUCCUCGAUGUGCGUUCAUUUCGAGCAAAGAACCUUCUGGGUCUGGUGCCACCAGGAGACUGGCCUGGAACGGAUGCGAAUCGGCAAGCAGCUGCAAAAGCGUUGCAAGAUACCGAUCGUGCAGUGAUGGAAGUGGCGCAUUUUCUGAAUAAGAAAAAAGGAGGAGAUACGCAGAAUCGUGGCAUAACUGAUGAUAGUGAUUCUGAUGAUGAAGACAAGGUACGAAAGGGAGCUGGAAAGGAUGGGUUGGAUCCUGAGACAGUGGAUGCAUUGGGAGAGUUUUCAUUCUUGAAAGAGGAUGGCAAUAAAUCGCCUACUGGAACUGCGAAGAAACGUGUUGAUAGUGGAGCGGAUGAAUGGAGUGUCAACCAACAUACCAUCAAUCAAAUGAAGGAAAAAUUCAGGUACUUAAAAGGAUUGAAUGGUUUCUUAACUGGAUAG